ACUGCCAUGAGCCUCCAAGGCGGAAAACUCUCCGGCCUCUGGAAGAUCGUGCUGUGGGACGAGCCGGCGUUCCAGGGCAGGUGUGUCGAGUUCACGGCCGACUGCUACGACGUGGCGGCCUGCGGCUUCCCCAGCGUGCGCUCAGCUCGCGUCGAGAGCGGCACGUGGGCCGGCUUCGAGCACCCCGGCUUCCAGGGACAGCAGUUCGUGCUGGAGCAGGGAGACUACCCUUGCUGGGAGGCCUGGAGCGGCAGCCAUGCCUACCACGUGUGGCGGAUCAGCUCCUUCCGACCCAUCUCCUGCGCGAACCACCGGGAGAGCGUGCUGAGCAUCUAUGCGCAGGAGAACUUCCUGGGCCGCAGAGGGGAGCUGAGCGAGGACUGCCCGUCCCUGCAGGCGCUGGGCUGGCGCAGCACCGAGGUGGGCUCGCUCUGUGCCCACUCUGGCGCCUGGGUGUGCUCGCAGUUCCCGGGCUUCCGGGGCUUCCAGUACAUCGUGGAGAGCGACCGCCACGGGGGCGCGUACACGCACGUCCGGGAGCUGGGCUCGCACGCGCGGUCCUGCCAGGUGCAGUCCAUCCGCCGCAUCCAGCACUGA